AUAUGGCGCCGAUAUGUUAGUGUGUUGACGUAACUGCUAGCUAACACCUAGCCCGCAAAUUACCUAAAAAUACGCUGUUUUAACAACCAGCGGAUAACAGUGACUUUUAUUUAGUUGUAUUAGUUAACUGCAGUGCUGUUUUUCAAACGUUCUUUGUCGAAAAACAAUGAAUUACACUACGAAGGUGGUCCAGGUGACCAAUGUGUCGCCUAGCACCACAUCGGAGCAGAUGAGAACACUGUUCGGUUUCCUGGGAACCAUCGAAGAACUGAAGCUGUUUCCUCCAGAUGACUCUCAGAUGCCUGUGACAUCGCGGGUGUGCUUUGUGAAGUUCCAGGAGCCAGAGUCUGUUGGCGUGUCCCAACACCUGACUAACACCGUGUUUGUGGACAGAGCAUUGAUUGUGGUCCCGUUUGCCGAAGGAUCUAUUCCAGAUGAGGCUAAAGCUUUGUCACUGUUGGCGCCAGCAAACGCUGUUGCAGGAAUCCUGCCAGGAGGAGGACUUCUCCCGCUGCCCAAUCCCAUGUCCAAUCCAGCUAUGGGAGGAAACCCUUUCGGUGUUCCGAACAUGGAUGCGAUGGCUGCAUUUGGAUUCCCGGGACACAAUAUGAACCCACAGGCUGCUGAUCAGCUGCUAAAGUUCAUGACCGAUCCAAAACUGAAUCCUUUGGCUGCAGGCUUGAACCUAAGUGCGAGCCUGAAGGCUGACGCAUCCAAUAAAGAGAUCGAAGAGGCCAUGAAGAGAGUGAGAGAGGCUCAGUCGCUCAUAUCUGCUGCUAUUGAACCAGGAAAUAAAGAGAGCAAAAAGAAGCGCUCUCGCUCUAGAUCCAGGUCCAGGAGGAGGAGAUCCAGGUCACGUUCAAAACACAGGAGAACCAGGAGCAAAUCCCGGCGGCGGUCAAACUCCAGAAGCAGGCGGCGCUCCAAAAGCCCACGCAGGAGACACACCGACUCCAGAGACCAAAGCAGGCCUUCUCCGAGCAGAUCCAGGGAUAGAAAGAAAGAUGAUUCAGGGAAAAGACGAUCCAAAACCCCGCCUAAAAGCUACAGCACCACCAGGAGGUCACGCAGCGAGGAACGGAGACGCAGGAAAAGUCGCAGCAAGAGCCGAUCUCUCCCGAAAAAAAAGACUCCAUCUCCUCGACGACACAAGAAGGAAAAGAAGAAGGAUAAGGAAAGGGACCGGGAGCGCAAGAGUGAUAAAGAGCGCAACCGAGAGGAACGUGAACGCUCCACCAGCAAGAAGAAGAAGAGUAAAGACAAAGAACGAGAUCGGGAGAGGAAAUCGGACGGAGAGAAAGGAGAUAUCAAGGUCAGCAAGAUCACCAGGGAUUAUGAUGAGGAAGAACAAGGCUAUGACAGCGGGAAGGAGCGAGAGGACAGGAAAGAUUCUGACGACUCUGCUUUGUCUCCUCAGUCUGUAGAAGGUAACGGCACCGCGCGGCAGGCCAAAGUAAACGGAGCGGACGAUCACCAUGAAGAGGACAUGGAUGUCAGUGAUUAGGUCGUCCAUCUUGGUCCCUUUUUUUUCUCUGUUUUGGUUGUAAACAUGUUGUUCCCCACUGGGGUCAAUUUAAAAUGUGAAGUGAGCGUCAAAUGUGUAGAUUUUUCGCACAGAAGAGUCAUUUACUAAUGUUUGCAAACGUGUACAAUGCUGUAUCGAGAUUUUGCAGAGUUUGCCAGAAGAUAUGUCACACAGCUCUAAAGAACCCUCAUGCUUUCUGCCUCUACAAUCAGUCAGUUAAAACUGGAUAUAGGCUUGCUUUGCUUUUCUCGAGCUUGUCACUUUUUACACAUAUUUUAUCUUUUACAAUAUUUUUGUGUUGUGGUGUGUUGUUCAGGCCUUUUCCCUCAACUUCUCGAAACAGUUAAUACGUUUGUUUCUUAUUUGAAAUUGUCGAUUGUUUUAUCAAGGAUUUCUUUUAUAAUAAAGCCUAUUUGGAAAAAAACGAGACUUUUUC